AUGGCGGACCGUUUCCCCUCUCUAGAUGAGUUUGAUUCAGGAGCGCAAACUGACAUUAAAGAUGCUUCUACCAAUCCCUCUGCCGAUGAUUUUCUUGCCCGCGAAAAGGCUCUCCUAGGCGAUGAUGCAGAGCAGUUUGUCACAAUCGAUGAUGCUGCUGCGCUUGGGGAGGCUAGUGGUGACUUAACACACGGCGACAAUGACAAUGCCCAAUCCACUUUCGAGUCACAGUUCCCCGAUAUUGCCAACCCAUCAGCAGAUGUGGCUCCUCCCUCCACAGGACCGUCGGUAUCCUACAAAUCUGGCUACCAAACACAUGUCGACGAUGAGGAGGAGCCCGACGUCAUCAAGGAAUGGAGACAGCGUCGAGACGCACAAAUUGCAAAGAGAGUUGAGCAGUUCGCCUCUCAACGGGAGGAGACUGUCAAAGAGGCCCAGAAGAAUAUCGACGACUUCUACGAGAACUAUAAUGUCAAGAAAGAAAAGGGCAUAGCGCAGACUCGCAAGGAAGCUGAGCAGUUCAUUGCUAACCGAGAAGACACUGUGUCUGGAGGAACAAGCUGGGAUCGAAUCGGAAAGCUGGUCGAUAUCAGCGGCAAGGGAACAAAAGGUGGCGCGGCGGGCUCCGGCAAGGAGCGCUUCCGUGAUGUCCUGACCACCCUGCGCAAGGACGAGAAGGCUCCGGGAGCCACGGGGUACUGA